AUGGGCUUCAAGCUCAAGAAGCCCGACGACGCCGUCGGGUCUGCUGCCCCGGCCAUCCUCAUCGGCUGCUUUGUGGCCUUUGGAGGUGUGCUCUUUGGAUAUGACACCGGCACCAUCAGCGGCAUCCUGGCCAUGAAAUACUGGCGCCGUCUCUUCUCGACCGGCUACAUCAAUCCCGCCGACGGCCUGCCCGACGUGACCUCUGCGCAGUCGUCCGAGAUUGUCUCCCUGCUGUCUGCAGGAACCUUCUUUGGCGCCCUGACUGCCGCCCCCGUUGCCGAUUUCUUUGGCCGUCGCAUCUCCAUGAUCCUCGAGUGCUUCGUCUUCUGCUUCGGCGUCGCCUUGCAGACGGCCGCCACAGCCAUUCCGCUGUUCGUGGCUGGUCGAUUCUUUGCUGGGUUCGGUGUCGGUCUGCUUUCUGCGACGAUUCCUCUCUACCAAUCUGAGACCUCCCCCAAAUGGAUCCGAGGCGCCAUUGUCGGCUGCUACCAGCUGGCCAUCACUGUUGGUCUUCUGCUGGCCGCCAUUGUCAACAACGCGACUAAGGAUCGCAACGACACCGGCUGCUACCGCAUCCCCAUUGCCGUCCAGUUUGCCUGGGCCAUCAUCCUCAUUGUCGGCAUGCUCAUCCUGCCCGAGACGCCGCGGUUUCUGAUCAAGCGGGGCAAGCAUGAGGCGGCAGCCAAGUCGCUCGCUCGUCUUCGUCGUAUCGAUGUGGACAACCCGGCCUUGACCGCCGAGUUGGCGGAGAUCCAGGCCAACCACGAGUACGAACUCAGCCUGGGCCAGGCGUCGUAUAUCGAGAUUCUUCGCGGAACCCUGGGCAAGCGUCUUGCCACGGGUUGUGGAGUGCAAGCUCUGCAGCAGCUGGCGGGUGUCAAUUUCAUCUUCUACUACGGCACAUCAUUCUUCCAGAACUCGGGGAUCCAAAACUCGUUCGUCAUCACCCUCAUCACCAGCAUCAUCAACGUGGCAUCGACGUUCCCGGGGCUCUACAUGGUCGAGAAAUGGGGCCGUCGGCCGCUGCUGCUGUUCGGUGCGGUGGGCAUGUGCGUGUCGCAGCUGAUCGUGGCCAUCGUCGGCACGGCCGCCUCGUCCGUCGUCGCCAACAAGGUGCUGAUCGCGUUUGUCUGUCUGUACAUCUUCUUCUUUGCCAGCUCCUGGGGCCCCGUCGCCUGGGUGGUGACGGGCGAGCUAUUCCCGCUGAAAGCGCGCGCGCGAUGCCUGUCCAUCACGACGGCCACCAACUGGCUGCUCAACUGGGCGAUCGCGUACGCGACGCCGUACAUGGUCAACUCGGGCCCCGGAAAUGCGAACCUGCAGUCCAAGGUGUUCUUCAUCUGGGGCGGGUUCUGCUUCAUCUGCAUGAUCUUCGUCUACUGCUGCAUCUACGAGACCAAGGGCCUGACGCUGGAGCAGGUCGACGAGCUGUACGCCAAAGUCCCCGUGGCAUGGCAGUCGCCGGGCUUCGUGCCGUCGGUCAACUUUUGCGAUGUGCGCGACGUGGCAGAUGGGAGCAAGGGGGGGAUGUCGCUGGCGGAUCUGGAGGCGGGCGCUCAGGAGAAGCGGACGGCCGAUCAUGUCGAGAGGGCGGAGUCGUAG